ACCGACGUUUGAACGAAAUACAAUGAAAAUAAGAAGAAGAGUAACAAAUCAUAACAUUUCAUCUUCCAAAAUCUCACGUCGUUAAAAUUUUAUAAGUAUAUAUACCCUCCACUGAAUAUCCUGAUGAUCAUUUUCCUUAAACUUCCCCUUUUCAGCCAAAGAACAGUCCUUCACCUGAAGCUCUACUCAACUCUAAUCCAUUCAAAGUUACAUAGUGUUUUGAAAAAUAUGCCAAAGGAACCUAAACAUAUAUCAGAAGCACAAAAACAAAGAAGAAAAAUCAAAGAAAAGUUCUCAAAAUAUGUUCCAGGAAAGGUAACUCUUCAGGUUCUCGGAACAGGGGCGAAGGGAGCCCCUCGAGCUCUGUAUUUAUUUACGGAUCAAUCUAGGUAUUUGUUCAAUUGUGGAGAGGGGACUCAAAGGCUGGCCCAUGAACAUAAAAUGAAACUGGCCAAGUUGGAACAUAUAUUCAUUACACAGCCAGUUUGGAAAAAUAUUGGUGGGUUGCCAGGAACCGCACUGACGAUACAAGACGUUGGUGUUCCUGAUAUUACUCUGCAUGGACCAGCUGGAUUAGAUGAAAUUUUUGUGGCUACGAAAAGAUUUGUAAUUAUUAAAGAUCUCAAAAUCCAUAUGGCGGUAUGUAAUGAACAUAACUUCUUCGAAGAUAAUGUUAUGAGAGUUGAAUAUGUCCCCAUUGUUAGAACAUCUAAGGUCAGCUGUUAUUCGAGUACCAAACAGAAAGAAGGAAUGGUAGUGGAUGAUGAAGAAAAAUUCAAAAAUUCAGAAAUCAAUGCAGUUGUAGACCAGGUAGAUGCAGCCACCUCCACCAGAAGUGAAAAACCUCGCCGGAAAAUGAGAUCAUCUUCAGGGUCAACAUCAGGAGAGGAAACUGUAAAUGAUGAUAUAGAUUACUAUGCUCAUGAACGUAAGAGAUGUUCUAGUUCAAAAAGAAAACGUUCCCGAUCCCGAUCCUGUACUAGUGGUAUUUCCUUUCCUUUUAUGUUUUCACAAAGUUAUCCUACAUUCAGUCAAUAUUACAGUUGUGUUUGUGAACCAGAUGAUCCAGGUCCUGUUUUCGUUGUUGUAGAUUGUCCCACUUUGGAGUAUAUCGAUUCUCUACUGAGCAGUGAAGCAAUAAAAAGGCAUCAGGACUCUGCCAAAUGUGACGAGGAUUUGGCAUCAGUAGUUGUGCAUUUUACACCAAAAGAGGUAGUUAGCGAUACAAGGUAUAAACAAUGGAUUGAUAAAUUUUCACCAAGUACACAACAUAUAAUGUUGAAUGAGUUCAAUACAUGUAUGGGCAGUGAAUCCGUUUAUAGAAUUCAAUAUAAAUUGAACUUACUAUCUGAUGAAUUGUUUCCUUUACUGAGGGAUAAAGGUACUCAAGUAAUUAGAGAGAUUUCAGGUGCCAACGUGAAAAAAAAACAAAAAUAUGAAGAUGGUACUGGAAACACAGGUUGCACACAGAAUGACUUAAAUUUAGACAAUUUAACUAUGCAAUCAAGACCUGCGAGUCCUUCAGAACCCUUUGUAUUUCCCAACACAUUUUGUAAUUUUCAUUUGAGACCAAAAAAAGGUUUAGAUAGAACAACAGAGUUGAAGUUAAAUCCUAAGGAAUACAUAGAAGAAACUAUGGUGCUUGAAGAAUUUUCAAAAUUGUUGAGUGAGUUGAAAACAAAAUUAAUACAAAAGAAGCUUACUCUCGCAAAUGUUAAUUAUCCAAAGAUACUGUUUUUGGGUACAGGAUCAUGCAUCCCAAAUAAAACGAGGAAUACUAGUGGAAUAUUAGUUACAUUGAGUGACUCCCAAAAUAUUAUUCUAGAUUGUGGAGAAGGGACCUAUGGACAAAUUGUGCGAUUUUUUGGUUCUGACCAAGCAGAUAAAGUUUUAGCAAAUAUUGAUGCAAUUUAUGUUUCACAUCUGCAUGCUGACCACCAUAUAGGAUUAAUAGGUUUAUUACAAGGAAGAAGGAGAGCGAUUGAGAAUAUUGGUCUGGAUAAGGGUCCAGCUUAUUUGUUUGCUCCAAACCAAAUCAUGGCUUGGCUCAGCUUCUAUAAUAAAUGUUUUGAAACUAUCAAUGCAGAAUUUAAAUUAGUUCCUAAUGGAGAAUUGAUGUUCAAUAACCCCAUAUAUCCAGAAGACUCUAAAAUGGUAAUAAUGAAUCAAUUAAAAAUGUCAGAUAUAGAAACUUGUUUGGUGAGGCAUUGUCCAAAUGCAUUUGGAGUUGCUUUCACCACCGAAAAUGGUAUAAAAUUAACAUAUUCUGGCGAUACCAUGCCUACGGAAUCCCUUGUUCAAUUAGGUGCCAACAGUGAUAUCCUCAUACAUGAAGCAACGAUGGAAGAUGAACUCUCUCAUGAAGCUGUAAUAAAAAUGCAUUCAACCACAUCACAAGCAAUAGAUGUAGGAAUAAAAAUGAACGCCAAAAAUAUAAUCUUAACUCACUUUAGUCAAAGAUAUGCAAGGCUUCCACGCUUUAAUGAAAAUUUCAAUAAUAAUGUUGGUGUUGCAUUUGACAAUAUGCAG